UGGUAAUUGAUUGGACUAGCGUUGUGGUCAUUGGUGGUCUUCUUAUCAUUUACAUAAUUUAUGGUUCACUGGAUAAGCAAAACCGAGUAGUAAGGUUGGAAGACGACAUUUUGUUGGCUUCGCAGAAGCAUCCACGUGACAAGCGGACUCUUUUUCUAUUUCCCUCCCUAGCGGUAGUGAAGGGGCUGCAACAAUGGCAGCUUCCCUAGGUGGGCGGUUUACUAGGGAUUGGCAGGCAUCCAUACACAGAGAUGUGAAUUCUUUGCCAAGCAGGGAAUCAGGAAGUGUGCAGCACAGCGAUCACAGGGAGGUUAUUGGUGUGAAGGAUGUGCACCUGCCGCCACUGGCCAUGGCCCCCAUCUCGGGAGAAACAGGUACUAGUACUGCAAUCCACAAAGAAUCAUCCUGGCUGUUGCUCAAGCAACUGAUACAGCUCUCAAAGAAUGUGUCAAAGACUGCGGAAACUGCAAGAAGUCACAAGAAGUUUUGUGUGGCACUCACGAGGCGCAUCAAGAAUAUUGUUCCUCUUCUCGAGGAGCUAAGGGAUGUGCCGUCCCCGCUUCCGCACAGUGCACAGUCAGCACUCAAGUCAAUGGAGACUGUCUUCCGGAAGUCGAAGACUCUUGUGGAGGAGUGCCGAGAUGGAAGCAGGUUGUAUAUGCUUACUGGAGAGCUUUGUCACCACCUGGAAGAGUUACCAUUGCAUAUGCUGGACAUUUCAGACGAAACCAAGGAGCAGGUUGGGCUUGUGCGUGCGCAAUUGAAGAGAGCAAAGAGUGUUGUCGAUGUGAAAGACAAGGUACUUUUUUCUGAACUUAAAAAUGCUGUGGAGUGUCACCAGAAGGGCCUUGGAGUUGACAUGGGCAAAAUGAAGGAAAUUCUGAGGUUGCUUGACCUGAACACACUUUCAGCGAUUGAGGCUGAGAGAAAGGUUCUUGAGAAACAUCUGCCAUCUCUGUCUCCAGGGAAGGAGGAGGAAGAAGUUGGAGCUGUGAUGGGCCUGUUGGAGAACAUGGCACUCUGUGUGAAUUAUGAUAUGGACGCACCUCCUGUCAUGACUGCGCCUUCAUCUGCGCCAUCAUCAUCGUCAUCCUCAACAGCAGUGGUACCGGUUCAGCAAAGAAAGCUACCUCCAGUUCCUCCAGAUGACUACAAGUGCCCGAUCUCGUUGGAGUUGAUGAGGGACCCAGUUAUCAUUGCAACAGGGCAGACAUUUGAGAGAGCAUACAUUCAAAAAUGGCUAGAUUCGGGGCACCGGACAUGCCCCAAGACCCAGCAGGUCCUUUCCCAUAUUGUAGUGAUACCGAACUUUGUUCUUAAGAGUCUGAUCAUGGCCUGGUGUGAGGAAAAUGGUGUGGACUUCCCUGAUAAACUGGGAGCACAAAAACCAGGCAGGUCGGGUCGGAAUUCCGCAGAGAACGGAGAAAUUAGUGGCGACCGAUCUUUGGUCGAUGGUCUGCUGCAGAAACUUGUUUCUGGCACGACCGAGAACAAACGACAAGCAGCCGAAGAACUUAGGCUGCUUGCAAAGAGGAGCAUGGAGAAUAGGGUCUGCAUUGCACAGGCUGGUGCCAUUCCGCUCCUCGUCCAGCUUCUUAGCUCGUCAGACCCGAAAACACAGGAGCAUGCAGUCACUGCCCUGCUCAAUCUCUCUAUUAAUGAAAGCAACAAGACAGCAAUUAUGGCAGCUGGUGCCGUGCCUCCUAUUGUGGAGGUACUGAAGUCAGGAAGCAUKGAAGCCAGGGAAAAUGCUGCAGCGACGUUGUUCAGUCUUUCUGUCGGYGAUGAKAAUAAGAUCACAAUUGGGGCUUCUGGUGCUAUCCCGGCUCUYGUGGAUCUBCUGCAAGAGGGCGUCUCRCGUGGRAAGAAAGAUGCCGCUACAGCGCUUUUCAACCUUUCCAUCUACCAGGGAAACAAGACCCGAGCCAUCAGAGCUGGGAUCAUCCCACCUCUGAUGCAAUUGCUCGCUGACAGGUCCACCGGAAUGGUUGAUGAGGCCCUUGCAAUCCUAGCUAUUCUGGUGACUGCCCCUGAAGGACGCUCAGCAGUAGGUCAUACGAUGCCAGUGCCCAUUCUUGUCGACCUCCUUGGAACAGGCUCGCCCAGGAACAAGGAGAAUGCUGUGGCGGUCCUGCUCGCCCUUUGCCAGAGCAAUACAGAACAUGCAGAAACAGCAAUAAAGCUUGGAGUGAUUGUGCCACUGACUGCUUUGCUUCAGUCAGGAACGCCACGUGCGAGGCGCAAGGCGAACUUGUUGCUCGGGUACCUUCAGGCCUCUGUUGCAAACCAUGCUGUAGAGGAGCGGGCCAGGUAAGAAGGUAAUGCCAACUGCAGUAUGUCGUCAACAAUGCCGGGCAAAGGUUUCUCCAGGCAGGAGAAACAGUUACGUCACCUCAUGUGUUGUCCACCUGUGAAGCAGCAGCCGUAGUCGUUCCAUUGUCAGAUUUGUCUAUAAUCCUGGGAGUUACAUUCUUUGGCACCUUUCUCGACUGCUAGAAACAAUUUGGGCGAUGUGAUAGAAUGUGUGGACACAUUGCACCGACUCUUCUGAUCAAGGUCUGGGAAGUAAGUCUCUGUAUAAUGAAACUUUCAAACUGCUGGUGGGUGUGGGCAUCUGAUGUGCCUUCCCUGUGCAACCACAGGCAGUGGGAAGACUUUCAUCURCUGCGACUGUUUUGCCAGGUGCUUGGCUCUUGUUAAUUGAGAUUAUGGGCCUGGCACAGCAAACACAGGAUGUGGGACAAGGGCAACCACCCAUGAACCACACACGUUCCCUCUCUCUCUUUUUUUUUUCCCGUUUUCGUCUGUUUGUGUUUGUCAAUGUGUAUUUCGUUUUAAUUGAAGUAACGCAAGGAUGCGAACUGGAGUAUGUCACUCAUAACUUAUUCUAUUCUGCAAGACCAUUUUUUCCCCUCACAACUAUCAUUUGCAGCCGUGACAAGGAGUGACCGUGUCUGCUUUCGACGGUCCUCUGCUUCCACAAGCACGUCCCUGUGGAUUCUCCUGCGUGCUACGGGUCUGCGAUGUGAAUGUCGUAGAAUCUCUGGGUCUUCACUCCCAGCGUGCAGUUCCAAAGUCAGAAAGGAGAUGGUGGGAAGAAACCCUGACGAUGGGACACAGAGUGUCUGCCUUACUGGCCAGGAUGACUACCAUCCUGGCAGGUCUGCGUCCUGGCCUUUAUCUUGCUCGUGGCUAUGUUUCAGAUCAAGUUACUGCUGGAGACCUCAAGGUCUCCUGGAAUGAAUGGCAGGAUUUGGUGAGGUUGUUUUGCCUAGUCUCCUCCUCGAUGAGUGAAUUCUCAGGCGGUUGCUAAUGACGAUAUGCGGGCUCAAGGUUGUUUGGUUCGACUUUGCACGUCUGGUCAGAUGGGCAAUUGUAACAUCUAGGUUGUGCUUGCCGGGUAAGUGCCAGUUGGUUGCAUUGGCUUGUCAUAUGUGGAUUAUGGUCUGGCCUGGUCUUCCCUGACCUGGCUUGACCACGUCAGCGGUUGCCUGACCUGUGUGGUCUGGCCCGGUCUGCCCUGGUCUGGCUUGACGACAUCAGCGCGGGCACUUAACUCCAGCUCACUGACUAGUGUGAUUUCGGGAAGGAGUGUGGCUGGAGAGGUGGGGGCGAAAGUGGAGUGGGGAAGAGAUACUUAUGAAGUUAACGGGUGACUUACCGCUCUGAACAGUUUCCUUUGUUGUUGUGGAGAGCUAUGGCAAAACGGAAAGGAGCCAAACGGCUGCUGUGGCAAUCUGAGCCCUGGUUGAGGGAAAGAUUCAAUCCCAUGACGGCAAGGAGCUACAAAGUGGCAGCCGGGGAAAAGAUCUUUUGGACACACAGCUGUGGUACACAUCGUGUCCCUCUCUGGAUGCGUUUUACGAUGGACUAUGGGAGUAGUGGUUGAUGACACACUCUCACAACUUUAUGUGUAGUAUCGACGGAAGUGAGGAGGAUUGUUUGGCGGGGGUAAAAGUCCGGCUGGGGAAGGUGCAUAUUCUCUGGUUCUUGGUGUGGUAGAGAUGUGGCAAUGAAAUUGUAKGGUCGUAGGUAUGUUUCGAAAUGGAAAAUUGAUUUGCUGGUUUUAAGUUACGAUGAUCCCCUCUCAAGUCAGGGAGAACGGUGAACUUCAGUCAGGAUUUUAAGUGUUUAUAUGUCUCUAUUUGACUCUUCGAAAAAUUUAUUUUGAUGUUUACUGUCCCACAUCCUUGAGCUGCCUGCACUAGCUCUGUUCGUAUCACCCCUUGUCCUCUGGGAAUCAUGCGAGCAGGAGGCGUGUUUUCUUCGUUCUUAACCUGCUAUUUGCUGGGAACUGUUAUUGAUACUGUGAGCUGGACGUGCAGUAUCUGUGGGUUUGCGGUUGCAGGUCUCUGCAGAUUGGCAAAGCCUGUGAACUUACCCUGUCAGGUUCAUUAAACCCUGACAGGUUCAUCGAACCAUGACAGGUUCAUCGAGAUAUGUGCGGAUUCAGGUCGUGCUCCUCAUCAUUGGGGGGCGGUGCUGCUGUGAUUGUGGAGGAGCAGACGAAGCACAAGCUGCUGGGGAUGCCGUGAUCGGGAGAUGCAUUCUGAAGGUGUUGGUGGGAGUAUGAGGGAGGAUGUUCACAGAUACUCCCUGAACUGCCGGUUAACUCUCAUCGGCGGGCGAUUGGUAGACACUCCCUGAAGUUGUCUAUUGCGAGUGAUUCUGAAGUUAGUGUCCGGAGUGCAACCUCACAGAGCUGUUAAAGCAAUGCAUAGAUGAUGGCGUGCUGCGAGUGAAAGGGAUAUCAUCAGCAGCAGAGGACAUGAAGGGCGAGGAGAGUCGUCGUGUGUCUCGGGUCAUCUCCUGUCUUCAAAGCAUAGCAUAAUAAUGGCGGAGAAGUGACAGGUGUUAUCUCAAGGUAACAGGACAUUCCAGUAAGUCCUCAGGGUGGAGAGGGAGCCUGGAGGACUGUAGGUGAUGAUGUGUUUAGUUUGCUGCAGGUGUGGCUGUGCUGAGAUGUGUUAUUGAUCUUGUGAAAAAGUUUGACAGUCAAUUUGUGAGAAGUUGUGCGACACUUAACAAUAAGUAUGCCCGUUAUAAGUUUGACGGAG